AUGGUCUGUAUUGCUGUGGCUCUGAAACAAUGUCUUAGCGAAGAAUUUGUGAACUACGGGAAACAAGUGCUUGCAAAUUCUCAAGCUUUGGCUCAUAGAUUGAUUGAGCUGGGCUAUACUCUUGCUACAGGUGGAACCGACAAUCAUCUCUGUCUUGUCGACCUUCGUCCCUCCGGCAUCGAGGGAGCUAAGGCUGAGCAUGUGCUAGAUAUGGCUCAUAUAGCUUGUAACAAGAACACCUGUCCUGGUGAUGUGUCCGCUUUCCGACCGGGAGGAAUCCGUCUGGGAACUCCUGCCCUGACGUCGCGUGGUCUUAAAGAAAAGGACUUCGAGAAGGUUGCGGACUUCAUUCAUGAAGGCUUGCAAAUCCUGCUUAAAUAUCAAGGCCAAGCCGGCAAGACGAUGAAGGACUUCAAAUCAUUUACUGAAACAAACAAGGACUUCCUCAAGGAUAUCGGAGAACUAGCUGAGAAAGUGGAGGCCUUUACCAGCCACUUCGACAUUCCUGGCAAUCCCGAAUUUUAA